AUGGCGGUGACCUUCGUGAGUUUGCUCCUCCUUUUCCUGGUCGAGGGGCUGGGGCUGAAAUUUUCUGACAAGCAGGACUUCGACUACGACCAUUUGCAAAAGAGCAUUGUGCGUAUCGAAACGGUCGGAGCGAGCUUCGACUGGUUUCGGCCCUUCAACCCAAGAGACGGCCUCGUAAGCCUUGGAAGCGGUUUCAUCGUCCAAACGGAACCGUACAUCUUGAUCGCUACGAACCAGCACGUCAUUAAUGAUGCUUUGCGAGUGCAGAUUCAGCUGCUACUUCACAGUCAGGCGAAGUGGGACGUCAACAUCGUGUCUGCAUGUCCCAAGUUUGAUCUCGCUCUGCUCACCCUCAAGUCCGACAAGGAGUUCAAAGCCGACCUGGCCAAGGCAGGAAUCCAACUGGAGGCGUUGACCUUGUCAAAGAAGGUCGCUGAAAUGGGUCAGGAUGUGGUGGCCUUGGGCUUCCCCCUUGGCCAGAACUCCCUGAAGAUUUCGAAAGGCAACGUCGCUGGAAAUGAGUUCGUCAACAGCAACCUUUGCAUCCAGUCCACUGCUCCAAUUUCGCCAGGAAACAGCGGCGGCCCUCUCUUGGAUGAUGCUGGUUCAGAGGUUCUUGGUGUGAACUUCGCAGGUGCUACUCGAGGUGAGAACAUCAAUUAUGUGAUCCCUGCCUUCCGGGUUCAGGCGCUCGUCAACCUGCACCUGAAGGAGCAGCUAGGAGCUCCGUGGCGUCGCUUGGGCUUUCGAACACCUGGGCACGGCCUCACCACGGUGCAUCCGAACCAGGCCCUGUACAAUUUUACCGCGGGCUGCAAGGAGGGCGUGUACAUCGGCCGUGUUCGGCAGGAUGGCUUCAUGAGCAAGGCAAAGCCGGAAAUCCGGCCUGGCAGCAUGCUGGUGGCAGUCAACGGAAAGGCCUUGGAUGGGUUUGGCAAAGCCGACAUCAAGGAGCUCAUGUUGGGCAAGGCUGCCUUAGACGACCUCUUCUUCAUCCAGCCAGACUUGGAAGCGGAGGUGUCUUUCGAGACUUGCUUCAAGGGCACAAAGCGUCUUCACAAGGUGAGCACCAUCAGGACACCUGAUUUCGACAAGGGCAUCAGGUACGUCGACGAGCCAGUGACCGAGGGGCUGACGCAGCAGUAUGAAAUCUUUGGAGACAUCGGCGUCAUGUCAAUGACCCAGAACCAUGUCGGGGAGGCCUUGGCCAGGACUGGCUCUCCACGCAUUUCUCGCUGGCUUCUGCCAGACAAAGCCUCCGAGCCAAGGCUCAUGGUCAUCUAUGUGCGGCCUGGAAGCUAUGCAAGCGAAGUCAUUGGAGAAGGCUCUGCCGUGGAGAAGGUGAACGGCAAAGUUGUCCGAACGCUGGAGGACUUCCGAAAAGCCAUUGUGCCGGACGCAGAGGAUGAUAUCUGGACGCUCGAAACCGACUUGGGGCUGCUCUUGGCCACGCCUUUCAAGGCAACCCUGUCUGCUCAGCUUGUGAGUGGUGCCGCAGAGCCUUACCUCCUCACACCGGGCAUCAAGCAGGCAGCUCUGAAGAUUGGCCAUUCGGAGCAUUCGGACAAGUCUGCCAAUACGACACAGGGCCGCACUCGAACGACCACCAGCACUCCGAAGGCAAUCACACCGAAGGAAGAGGAGCAGGAUGCCGACGACGGCUUUUCAUGGUUCGACUGGCUCAGCCUGCUGAAGGAGUCGCGCGCAAACGCGACCGGCAUUUCCUCCGAGUUUCUGCGGCGCACGGCUCUGCUCCAAAGUCCGGCCGUCAAAGCCGCAGGACCUCUGGAGGUCAAGAACUUCAAGUCCGGCCGUGGCUGGGAGACAGGAGAUGCACCUGGCUGCUGUCUCGGACACAGGCCGAAACCACCGCUGAAAGCAGCAGACAUGCACGAUCGCAACAUCGAGGCAAAUCUGUCGAGCCAGCUUUUCCCAGACGGCCAGUGCAUCUGCCCUGCUCCUGUGGCCAGCGAGCAGUUCAGCAUGAUGUGCGAAAAGGGCACGAAUGCGGCAAUGCUCGAUCGCGAUUCGUCUAAUGAGGUGCGGAUUGAGAGACUCAAGGACCAGGUGGCUGGCCUGUACAAAGAGGUGCAGAUCGUCCGAGCAUCCAAUGAGUCGUUGAAGGUCGAGAACGCGCAGGCUUUUGAGCGAGCAGCACACGCCGAAGAGGAGGCUCAUCAGGCAAAAGUGCGAGCGACGCUCGUGGAAACUGGUGUCCUGCCGGAGAAGCAAAUGCAGGCAACGGCAUCCACUGCCUUCGUCGAGUCCCAGGAUCAUGGGCUGCGAUCUGCACAGCUGAUAUCGGGGAUCUAUGGGGGGGGGGAGAAGCUCUUGGAUUUCACCAUGCUGCAGCUCACGAACUCGAAGACGCUACGAGGUCACUAUGAGAGAGCAGCGACAACAACAAAGAUGAAGGUCAAAGGAGCCCAAUAUCAGGAUGUGAAGGAUGCCUUGCAGGAAAAGCUGGGAGUCCCAGUGCAAGAGCAGCGGCUUCUGUUGGGCAGCGAGGAGCCCGAUGCAAGCUUCCUUCUCUCCGCUGGUGGCCUGGAUGUUUCGUUGCUUCGCUGCCCGAAGCUGUCUUCUGAGAGCUGGGCACAGUGGGCCGAAACUCUCCAAGAGGACGGAAUGGAGCUACUUUUUGCUCCAGAGGAGGUCCAAGCUGAUCGUGAGCUGGUCACUCUGGCCGUCCAGCAUUGUGGCGAUGCUCUGGCGCUGGCUGCAGAGGAGCUUCGUAGCGACCGCGAUGUAGCCAUGGCUGCAGUAUCACAAGCUGGACUGGCCCUCUCCUUUGUAUCCGCAGCCUUGAAGGCUGACAAGGAUCUGGUGCUGCGUGCGGUUCGGCAGAACGGCUUGGCCCUGCGUCAUGCGUCAGCAGCCUUGCAGAGGGAUCCCGAUGUGGCCUUGGCAGCAGUGGAGCAGAAUGGCAAAGACCGUCAGCUGGUCCUCACAGCAGUGAAGUCGAACGGCAAUGCCAUACAAUGGGCAGAUGCCCGUUUCAGGUCCGAUCGGGAGGUGAUGAUGGCUGCUGUGCGUUAUCAUGGCACCUUAUUGCGGUGCGCUUCGGAGGACCUCCGGAAUGAUCGGCAAGUCGUCUACCAGGCCAUCCUUGGACACGGAUAUGCUUUGUCCUACGCCUCCGAGUCGCUUCGAUCAGACCCGGAGUUAAUCUCGCUGGCCUCUCGCCCGCAUUCCCACAUUCCGAUCCGACUGGAAGCUGGGAAAAUUGUGUACAUUGAGGAUGGCGACGAACGCAGCUGA